AUGUGUGACGACGAAGAGACCACUGCUUUGGUCUGCGACAACGGCUCAGGCUUGGUAAAGGCUGGAUUUGCAGGAGAUGAUGCACCAAGAGCUGUAUUCCCAUCCAUUGUGGGUCGCCCUCGCCAUCAAGGUGUUGGUGAUGAGGCCCAGAGCAAGAGAGGCAUUCUCACCCUUCGUGUGGCUCCAGAAGAGCACCCCACUUUGCUUACUGAAGCACCACUAAACCCAAAAGCUGGUAUUGUGCUGGACUCUGGAGAUGGUGUCACACACAAUGUCCCCAUCUAUGAAGGCUAUGCCUUGCCCCAUGCCAUUAUGCGUCUAGAUUUGGCUGGUCGUGAUCUCACAGACUAUCUUAUGAAGAUCCUCACAGAGCGUGGGUAUUCUUUUGUGACAACAGCCGAAAGAGAAAUUGUCCGGAGCUAUGAGCUGCCUGAUGGUCAAGUCAUUACCAUUGGUAAUGAACGUUGUGACAUUGACAUUCGUAAAGAUCUCUACGCCAACAAUGUCCUCUCAGGUGGAACCACCAUGUACCCAGGUAUUGCUGAUCGCAUGCAGAAGGAAAUCACUGCCCUUGCUCCAAGCACAAUGAAGAUCAAAAUUAUUGCCCCACCUGAGCGCAAGCAAGAGUAUGAUGAGGCUGGACCUUCUAUUGUACACCGCAAGUGUUUCUAA